GCCAGGUGAGGGGAGUGGGGUUCUGGGCCGAUAGAGUUGGGUCCUCAUCCAGCUUCUCAGGCGGUUUUCACUGGGCAGGAAGGUGUCCAGAGACUGUGCCGAACCACCGCCUCCCCAGUGGUUCCGACGACGCGUGAGUUUUACACAUCUAUAAGUAGACUUUUGGAGCUCUGGCAGCCAACUCAAUGGCGUCUUCUACUACUGUGCCUCUAGGAUUUCACUAUGAAACAAAGUAUGUUGUUCUCAGCUACUUGGGACUCCUCUCUCAGGAGAAGCUACAAGAGCAACAUCUUUCCACGCCCCAAGCUUCACAACCUCUGGAUCAAGAAGUUUUAUUAAAAGUUAAAAGUGAAAUUGAAGAAGAGCUAGAAUCUCUGGACAAAGAAAUUUCUGAAGCAUUCACCAGCACAGGCUUUGACCGUCAUACUUCUCCUGUGUUCAGCCCUGCUAACCCAGAGAGCUCCGUGGAAGAUUGCUUGGCUCAUCUUGGAGAAAAAGUAUCACAGGAACUGAAAGAGCCUCUACAAAAGGCGUUGCAGUUGCUCCUCGGCCAACUUUUAAAAAAAAAUCUCUACAGGCCAGUGACAUAUCAGGCAUAUCGGGAAUGUACACUGGAGACCACAGUUCAUGCCAGCGGCUGGAAUAAGAUUUUGGUGCCUCUGAUUUUGCUACAACAAAUGCUUUUGGAGUUGACAAGACGUGGUCAAGAGCCUCUGAGUGCGUUGCUGCAGUUUGGUGUGACUUAUCUGGAGGACUAUGCAGCAGAGUACAUCAUUCAGCAAGGUGGCUGGGGCACUGUCUUUAACCUUGAAUCAGAGGAGGAGGAAUACCCUGGCAUCGUUGCAGAAGAUAGCAAUGACAUUUAUAUCCUGCCCAGUGACAACUCUGGACAAAUCAGUCCUCCAGAGUCUCCUACUGUGACCACUUCGUGGCAGUCAGAGAGCUUACCUGUUUCACUGUCAGCCAGCCAGAGUUGGCACACAGAAAGCCUCCCGGUGUCCCUAGGUCCUGAGUCCUGGCAGCAGAUUGCAAUGGAUCCUGAAGAAGUCAAAAGCUUAGACAGCAACGGGGCUGGAGAGAAAAGUGAGAACAACUCUUCUAAUUCUGACAUUGUGCAUGUGGAGAAAGAAGAAAUUCCUGAAGGUGUGGGAGAGGCUGCUGUGGCUCCUGCCAUCUUGCCGACCAAGGAGCUGCGGGAGGCGCUGCCCGAAGCACCAGCUCCCUUGCUUCCGCAUAUCACUGCCACUUCCUUGCUGGAGAUGAGGGAACCCGACACAGAAGGAAUGACGGGGGAGAAAGUCAGUCCUGCUACGUCUUUGUUCGUGGAACUUGAUGAGGAAGAGAACUUGAUGAAGUCAAAAGCAGCAACAGUUGAAUCUGUUGAACUGGAAGAGAAGUUCCCUGCACUGGAACCCACUGCAACACUGCUGAGUGAAGAGGAGAUGCAUGUGAGGAGAGAGGGUCUUCGAGAAGGCCCCUCCCGUGCUGGAGAAGACAAGGCCAUGCCACUGUCUGAGGGCAAGUCUAUACUGCUGUUCGGAGGGGCCGCCGCCAUUGCCAUCCUGGCAGUGGCAGUUGGGGUAGCACUGGCUCUGAGAAAGAAAUAGCAGGUUUUUCAGAAGAGAAAGAAGACAAAAAAGAUGGGAGGUUUUAGCAGUACUGACUGAAUUUGAACCGCCAACAGCUGAUUUGGACAUUUGUGGAACACUCUGGGAUAAUGGGGGACUUCUGCUCAAAAAGGCAGUAAAUUGAUCCACAUAGUAGGGCUUCAGGUAGAGGGCAUUCGCGUUUGUCUGAUUGUGAGUUCCAAGGGCCUUGACUCCUGCUAAAUUUGGAAUCUUCUGCGUCAAGCACUCCCCCUUGGCAUUAAUAGCAUCAUGACUAAGUCUUUGUUGUAGGAGAGGCCGUCCUGUGCACCGUAGGGCGUGUAGCAGCAUCCCUGGCCUCUGCCUACUCAGUACAAGUAGCACCCUUGUCCCAGGUGUGACAUUGCCAGAAGUCCUGCGGGGGGAGGGGGGGCAGAAUUGUUCCCGUGGAGAGCCACAGCUCUAGAGGGAAAGGGAAGAGCUGGGAUAGAAAUUCCCAGUCAGGAGGGCUUACUGUGUGCUCCUCAGCUACUGAUUUGUUCCUGCCCUUGGAAAUUCAUCUUUCCGGUGAACAUGCUGUGUUUUGCAGCCAUUCCUUUGUGGCUCUUCUUUUCUUCCCCCCUUCUUAGUCCUGUCGUGUGAGGGUGCUCUCCCCUUAUGUCUCGGCCGCCUCUCAGGUACUUCACUGCUCCUCUUCACCCCCAGGUUCUUUAUAAGGCCCCACGGGAGAGUGCUUGCUGUGUGCCCAGUAAGUCCCUGAUGCUUCCUCCAGCUCUACCCUGUAAAGAUGUUGCCUUUAGUCAUCUUAAAAAAAAUAAAUAUAAAAGAGACCUAGGGUUCCGUGCCUGUGAAUGCAAGGGCAAGUAACUGGCUAAAGAGUGAUAUUUGUCUCAUUUACAAGCAGGAGGAUGACUCAGAUGGCCUACUGAGGUCUCUUCUGGCCCUUCUGGCCACCCUUCUGAGCUUACGAUUAUUUGCUGGCAGCAUCUCUGUUGCUGGAUGGUCGCUUUGUAUAAUCUGGGCUGUGUGUUUUCCCUUUAUCUGGCCUCAGGCUUCUUACUGGUCAACCAGCUUCUCUGCGAUCUCUUGCCAUGUGAUAAGGAUUUUCAUACUUGGGCUUACAGACCAAUUGAAUCAUAACUCUUAUUAAAUUUAAAUACAGAAAGUCUCCCUAAAUACCAUUGAAAUAAAAAGUAAGAAAAGAGAAGCUUGAAUUUCUUGAGGCUACCCUUGAGAUUCUAGUCUGCUUUCAGAGUUCAAGAAUAAGACUUCUUCACUGAACUCUUUACAGUCCAAAUGCCAGAGUGAUAAACCAAAAUGACUCUAUCCAGUAUGUGCUAGUUGAGAAUCAGCAUAACUUUCUUUCAUCUGGCUGAUCCCAUCCCUAAAGGGGGGUGGGCCUGUGUCUUUCCACGCAUGGGGACCAGUGUCACUGUGCAGGACACACAUGCUUGAUACAGGUCAUCUCAGAUUUACCUUAGUAAAUGUAACAAAUUACUUUUUAGAUCCUGAAAUUUGUAAUAAAAUUACUUUACUAUCCUGAUCACCAAAACUUGAUGUUUUAAAUGUGCUUUCUUUUUUAAGUUUAUUUUUUAAAAUGAAAUCUUCUCCCUAAAGCAAUACUAUUUAAAAGUUGGUCGAGGAAAGGUCUGAAGUGUUUGUUCAGCUUUAUCAUGCAGUGUGUCUUUAUGUUCUGAGUUUUAGUGUCUUAGGGAGUGAUAUUUUUAAGGGUUUUGGUGCACUUUGAGUAGGAUAGCUAGAGGUUGGGGGGAAUGGGAUUAAUGUAGUAAAGAUUGUUUUCCUCCUUGGACUCUGACAGUUGGCUCUGACAUUGGGUUACUCUGUAUUCUAAUUGCUACUUUUGUGUUUGCGUAGGGUAAGAGCAAACUGGUGAGUUAUCUUGAUUUUUUUUCUCUUUUAUAAUAUUUUCCUUCCAGUGUUCACAUUUUUAAACUCUGGAUCCUCAAACCCAUUGGCUAAGACGCAUUUAAGGACUAAUAGAAGCCAGGUUUAUUUUGGAGCUACUAGAAGGCGAUCUGUGGCUUAGGAUAUUUGGGUCUGUGUUCCGAAAAGGAUCCUCGGAGGUGUGGGAGGAAGCUGCCUUGUGCCGGUUUAUCUUCCCAUCUGUUGAACAUUAACCCACAGUGAUCUGGCCCCUUGUGUCUUCCUGGGUAAUGGUUGAUAUUCUUUUCCACUGGCUUUCCGGACAGUGAAUCCUCGUUAGUUCCUGAGUAAUAGGACAUGUCGGUGUCCCCAUUCCUUCUUCACUUCCUUAUCCUUUGCCUCUGGCAGUGGAAGGGAAUACCCUAAUAAGGACUGCUUCUUAACAGCAGCUCCUAUUUUUUGGUAUGAAAAAAAAAAUUAUUUCUCAACCACCCAGCUCCCUCUUUUUUGGUGGGGCUGGUAGUAGGCCGUUUCUUCUCCCCCUCCUAACUUAUAUUGCAUUUGAAUCUAAGGUAAAAGGCAGAUUCAGAAUAAAUCCAACUUGCUUAUGGAGCUCAAAUGUAGAACUAAACAUGUCACCAUUUAUCAUUCCUCAUUCUUUGAACUAUUCAGGAAAAGUUUGUGUAAGUCCUCUAGAAUUCUUCUUUAAUUGCUUUAUUGAAUGUAAUGAUUUCUUAAAACUUGGCAAAAAGCCAGUGAAGAUUUCUUGAGAAAAAUACCAGAAUUAAAGAAUGCUAUUUUAUCCUCUCUGUAUGAAAAUAAUAAUUCUGGACCCAAAGAAAUCUGUAUCUACAGUGUGCCUUAGGGGGACUCUUGUGGUCAUCACUGUCCUCUAGAAGGCUUGCCAGAAACCGAAAAGCAAGUGUUGGCCAUCUGGUUCACACAUUGACCACACGAAGGCACCCUGGAUACCUCCCCUCACCUGCGUUUCUGUACCAUCUCUUCUAUCAAAUGCAGCUGCUCCCUGGGUUUGUCCUGGGGGAUAAACAGUGAGCCCAGAGACGGGGUUUUUUGAACCACAGCUACCAUUAAUUUCUCGUGGAAAUUAAUGUCCGCAGCCUUUGUGCUAAUUCUAAUAAUAAUAUAAAAGUAAUGCCUGUUCCUUGCCUUUUUUCCCUAAAGGCAUGACGUGGACAGGUGUCAUAACCACAGAAUUUUGAAAUUAUUUUAAGAGAUGCUUUAUAGAAAUAAAAGGUAUUCUAGGUAAGAUUUUGUCCUUUCUUUUAAUUUCUGAGGUCUUUUUAUACAAAUUUAUCUUUCAAAGAACUUGAGGUGGUGAUGUUUCAUAGAGAGCCUGUCGACUCUUUGGUUACUUUAUAGAAACAGUUUCUGGCCUCUGAACCAACUUCCUCACAAGCAUGACAGUAGUCCCCUUGUCUGCAGCCUCAUUUCCUGUGGCUCAGUGACCUGUGGUCUGCCACGGUCCAGAAGCAGAUGGUCCUCUUUCUGAUGGAUCCUCAGGUCAGCAGUAGCCUAAUGCCUUGCUGCAGCGUCUGCUCAUUCCCCUCCUGUCAUCUCAGAGCACAGGCACCUUCGCAUCUUAAAUCGUGAGAAGGAUGAGUAUCAGUACAGUAAAAUAUUCUGAGAGGGAGAGACCACAUUCCCUAACUCAUUACAGUAUAUAAUUGCUCCAUUUUGUUGUUUUAAUCUCUACUGUGCCUAAUUUAUAAAUUAAACUUUACCACAGGGAUGUACAUAUAGGAAAAAUCAUAUAUAGGGCUCAGUACGAUCCGCAGUUUCAGGCAUUCACUGGCGAGGAUAAGGGGGCACUACCCUAUCUCAUUUAAAGCCUCAGCAACACAGUACCAGAAGGUUUCCUCUCUGGAGGAAUGAGAUCUGCCAUUAGUGAUAACCUCCUCCUGUUACACCAUUCAUCACUUAGGGGGUUCAACUGUCAGUUGGUUUGGGUUUAGGGUGCAUAUUUUUUCCAUAUUAGAGUGUCCUUUUCCUUAAAAAGCAUGGGUCAUUUUAACAAAUAGUAGUUGAACAUUCAGCUUGCUGGAGAUUGUUCUGGAGCGCCCUCACAUACCUUAGUCCAUCUUCACAGUUGUAAUUCAUAUUCAUAUUCCUUAUCCCCAGUUUACAGAGUGAGGAAACCUCAGAGUUUAAUGACAUUUCAAAGGUCUUCUAGCAUAGGAGAGGCAAAGGCAAAGGUGUGAAAUUUUCUGACUCCAAGUCUAGUGCUUUUCUCAGUUUUUACCAUUUUUGUGACCCUGCCAAACAGGAUUGGAAGGCUCCCUACAAAUGGUUGUGCCAUUCAUACACUGCACUAGGGCGGCCAAGCUGACCAGACUGAAGGGAGAUUUUUCUUUAUUGUACAAUGGUUCUAUAUGGUCUAGUCCUACGUACUGAGCAUGUUCGAAGGCUAUGUCCAGAGUUAUUCCCAACUUCUGAUUAUACCAGAUGUUUUCCUCUUAGAUGCCUUAUGGGUAAAGAAUUAGUAGUUACUGCUGGUACAGAUUUUUCAUUAGGUUUUUCAGUUAAUAUGUCAGAUAUUAUGUCUUUCUGCUUGUAAACGAGGGUAAAGCAGUCUGACACAGGAAUCUUCAAAUGAUCUGAAGGCAGCACCUUGACACUUUCUCUCCCCUAGUCUGUUUUCCUUUUCCCCGCCUGUGCCAUGAGUUGUGAAGUGGGGGAUACCUCUGGGCGUUGCUUGGCCUCCCAACACCCAGGAGGUCACCAACUCAGAAGGGCUGGCCAGGCACCACCACAGGUCCAUCUUGCUCAGAAGCUGACACUAGGUGACUUUCCAGGGAAAAUCUGUUCUAUUCCACAGCACACUGGGAAAUGUAAAGUUAAUAGUAGCCUUGACUGUAGAACACCCAUUUCUUAAAAUUCAGCCACUAUUUCUUAGUUACCUCAUUUAUAUAGCUCCAUAGAGUAGAAACGGUCAUGUAACUAAAAUAUUAAUACAUCCUGUCUUCCCUUUAUUUACACAAGACUAUUUAGCCUCUGCCUGGCAUGCCAUGUUCCUGCAAAUUAAAACCAAUAGGGUUCUCUACAUGUUUAUGUUUACAGUGCAAUAGCUCUCGCCAGGCAGCUGCUCCAGUCGUAAGCUCAGGUUGGAAAUGUUCUCAGGGAUAUUUGCAAGGCCUUGUAAUAAGUUAAAAAGUACCAGCUGGCUUAAGGUGAUCCUUGCCCCCCUUCUCACCUUCUUAGGGGACAUUUUAUAGUAAUCUUGUUCAGUGAGUGUUUUUUGCACCACUAGGAGAAACUGGUUAAUUGGUGUAUUAUGAUGAACAAAAGUUUUGACAUUUUACUAAGUUUGCUCCAGGAAUAAAAGGAAGUUGAAUUACAAUCUUUCCUAUUAGAGUCUGGAAUAACUUGGUUCCUGAUUUCUAGCAAGACAAUCGUAUUACAUAGAUUGGUCCUUGGCCAGCACCAAAGGAAAAGAUAGAAUUUUUUUCCUACACCCGUGUUUUUCCUGCCUAGUCUUCCAUUUCUCUUUUCCUUCACAUUAAAAGUGCCUCUUCCUACCUUGUUCCUUGACCGAAUUAAAUUUGUUAUUGGUUUUAAUGCUCUCAUCUCCUCAAAAUUACUGGAAAUAAAUGGUAAUUUUGGUAAUUAAUAUGAGCAUUUCACUUAAGUGCAUGUAUUUCCUUUUUCUGUGUGAACGUCCAUUAGCUCUCCUCACUAACAGCUCUGAUCUGCUCAGUUUAUUUAUGUGGGUUAUUCUAGCUCCUCCUUUUCCCUCCUGUUAAUCUGCCUUUUGGCCAGUCUACUCUUCAUCAGGGAAAGGGAAUAAAAUUCAAAUCUAUGAAUUGUGCUUCCGGUUAGAAGCAGUGUGUUGGGGAGAACACGUUGGAAGUUGAAAUAAAGUGAGAUCUGAAGA